UCUUUUAUUCUGCACCUAUCCGCCAUUCAGACAGGAGACUUUACAUCCCACUGAAGUCUCUUUCUUUUGCUUGCUUGCUUGGUGUCUGCCAUGUGAAAGGUUUAGGGAUUGUUUGGACUAUGGAGCCUGUUUUUAAUUGUUCAUCCACUCUGCACAACGCUUGUAAGACAAGUAAACAUAAACCUGUGUAGGAGACAUAAACAAGCAGAGGUUGAGUUUUUCCUCACAUUGGAACUCUUGGUGAACCUCGGCCUUUCCCCCAGAGAGCUGGGACAGGCUCCAGCAGACGCCCCUGAUCCUCAGUUCCAAGGUGAGCUAUGGCUGAACAAAACUCCCGUCACCAAAGGAAGAUGUCCACCACUGGGGAAAGUAUAUACAAAGUACUAGGACUGGAGAAAGGAGCUUCAGCAGAGAAUAUCAAAAAAGCUUACAGAAAACUAGCACUGAAGUACCAUCCGGACAAGAACCCGGACAACCCGGAGGCAGCAGAGAAGUUUAAGGAGAUUAAUAAUGCCAACUCUAUUUUAAAUGAUGAGAACAAGAGGAAAAUUUAUGAUGAGUAUGGCUCCAUGGGUCUUUAUGUGUCUGAGCAGUUUGGAGAGGAAAGCGUCAAAUAUUACUUCCUUAUGUCCAAAUGGUGGUUUAAGAGUUUAGUGCUGUGCUGUACAGUUUUUACCUGCUGCUGCUGUUGCUGCUGCUGCUGUUUCUGCUGUGGAAAGUGCAAACCUCCUGACGAUGAUGAAAGCUACCAGUAUGUUGACCCUGAAGACUUGGAGGCCCAAAUCAAAGCGGAGAAGGAUGGAGGUAACACAGUAAUCAUAAUCCAGCCUACAUCUAAUCUGGGUCCUGAAACCCCAGAAGACCAGAGUAAGCCCAUCCCCCUGCCUAUGCCUAUGCCAGUGUCUCCACCUGAGCCCCAGUCACAGAUCUCUGCUAACACAGCAGGGGAAGAUAACCCUGGGGAGUCCUUAUCAAAGUCAAAAUGACUCGGAAAUGACAAUGUGAAUCAGCUUCAACAAGCAAAGUAGGACGCCGUUAGAGUCUCCACUAUGAUCCAGCUCCAUCUAACUUCUGCCAGAGCCCCAGAGAAAAACCAGCCCAAAGUCACAAGCCAGCUCAGAUCCACUUUUCAACUCUGAGCCACCUCCAGCUCCCUGAUCUACCCAGCAGUACCUGCAAGGUGGGCUCCUCAACAUUCUCGCCUCCCUUUAUGGAACUCCAUGGAAAUCGGGCCGGUUGCUGAGAAUGCUGCAACAGAAAACUUCAGGCCCAUUUACUUAAGUUUCUUGACAAAAUCCCAUCCUCCAACAAGUUCACCACUCCUAAUAAUGUUUGGCAUGUCCUUCCAAGAGUGGAUGCAGCCUGAGUAGAUGUGCUGUCCUCCAUGUCUGGGUCUGAACUCCAUCCCAGUGUGUUCUGGUCAUCGCUCUCCUACCAGUAAAGAGAAGGAAUAUAGAUGACGCCAAUGUUUGUGAGGAGGACAACAACAUAGAAGUUGAAUGUCCAGACCAGGACUGGAAUUCCUUCCUUCUUUUUUUCCUGUCUACACCGUCCCGGCUUUCUUCAUUUUGGAUUCCAUUGAUCACCUCAUCAACAAAAGCACUUUUCUACUUUUGCCCCAUCUAACUUGCUUUGAAAUUGGACUUUAAAAAAACAAGACUACCACUGUUGGCCCUAACACAUCAUUAGAAACCAGCAGCAGAACAGAAACCUGACGAGGCAGCACCAACAUUCAUAUUUGGCGAUGUGGGUGAGGAGUAUUUUUUUUUUAGCACUUCUUCUCGUUCAUUUGAGGAUCCUGUGUGUGGUAAAAUGUUGCGUCAUCAUCCUCUACUGUUAUCCACUCAAACAAAAGUGUGGUGGUUUAAUAAAUAGAUUUUCCUGACUCUUUUUUAAAGAGGAGUAAAGUUUUUCAUUGGAACGCAUGCUUCAUCCUCUUUUUUUUUUUUCUCUCUUCUGACUAUGUGCCCCUCUCUGUGCAGAACCCCGUACUAGAAAACUGCUCGGCUUAACGUUUCAAAAGCACAGAUCUUUUCUACGAUCACACUUCAACCAGCGCUUAUGUCACUGUGUGCUUCGGAAGAACAGAUCCCCAAUAAUCCAAAUACGUACAGUGGGGAGAACAAGUAUUUGAUACACUGCCGAUUUUGCAGGUUUUCCCACUUGAAAAGCAUGUAGAAGUCUGUA